AUGGCUCCAACGUCGCGCGUUUACGAUCGUUACCACGAACUUAUGCCAGAUGACGCAAACAAGCAAAUAGAAACGUUAAAGGGUCGGACGGUGUCGGCGACGACACAAUUGAGUACCGCCAACACAGCGCAUGAGUUUAUCGAUGCUAAAAUCAUGCAACUGACGUCUCAAAUCAAGUUAGAUAAGGAGGUAAAAGGUUGUUUUGUUAACGCCAAAAAGCGUAAAGUACCUUGUAUCGAGGAGAUAGAUGAGGAGGUAGGGAAAAUUGAGGAACAUGUGGAGAAGGCUGAGAGAGAGCUACUGUUAUUGAAACGCCAAAGGAAAGCAAUAACCGACGAUGUCAAAGAGGGAAAAGUCGCCUACUCAACUAUGGCUGAAGCCUACUGUUCGGCUAUAACUUCAAAAUUUAUGUCUGCAAGUAAGCCGACGAAGUCAAAGUUUGAUCAGCACUCUUACGCCAAAGGCGUGCUCGAAUUCUACGGAGCCUCACGUAAAACUUCCGACGAUGAAUUAGAAAAGUAUUGCCACAUCACUGGGUGGCAGGCUCCAAGCACCGUGGAAUGCGCCCAUAUCGUACCUAAGUAUCUGGAAUCUGAGGAAUUGUCAUAUCUCUACGGUGUGAGGGAGACGAUGCUCUCCGAGCCACGUAAUGGAAUUACUUUUAAUUCCGUGAUCAAAGAUGGCCUCGAUAAGGGGUGGAUUGUGAUAGUUCCUGAUAAAUCACUUGAGGGAGAGGAGAUAACUUGGAGGUGUAUAUUGGUUGAGCAAUCACGGGGAUCAAGCAUUAUUUGCCCUGGAAGAAAGUGGCGAGACAUCGACGGGAAGGCUCUCAAGUUCCUGACCCCCAAUAGACCAGCCCACCGUUAUAUGUAUCUACGAUAUGUGAUGGCUUAUAUCCACCAGCUCCAGCUUGGAAAUACAGAAUGGCAUGAUCGCAUAAGUGUGAGAGAACAUCUAUGGGCUACCACAGGACAGUACCUCAGGAAAUCCAUGUUACAGGUAUUAGCAAGUCACAUAUCAGAUGGGUACGUCCCAGAGGCUUUUUUUGAGUCAACGUUUCAAAGCGCAGAAGGGUGUAAGGAGCGCAGUACAGAGGAAGAAGAAGAUCUUGUGCUAGGCUUUCACUAUAAGUUGAAAGAUCUAGAUGGUUUUUAUGACGGGGAUGACACUGAAUCUCUAGAUGAUUGGGAGCACGAGGGAGACGAAGAAUAA